ACGCCAGUCAGCAGCUCUGUAUCCUCAGACCCGUCCCUUUGCGAAGAAGUUGGUGGGAGUGUUCGACAUCCAUAGUCGCCAAACAAGCAAAACUACAGCUAUUAUCGAGUUGAUCGAUGCAGAGGCUGAUCCCAGUGUUGUACAGCACAUUCAGGACCUCGAAGCUCUGUUGAGAGAGUAUUUGCCGCCAUAUAUGGUCCCUUCUAUCUGGGUACCACUCAAGGAUCUGCCUCUCAACGCUUCAGGAAAGCUCAAUCGACAUCUCUUAGAAGACUGGCUGUGCCAUUUAGACUCGCAGACUGUUGCCAAGAUCGACACCAUGAGUCACCCGUCCACGACUGCCGAGCCUCAGACACGUAGACAGCAUAUCCUACGCAACGCCUGUGGUGACAUCCUGAACUUAUCGCCAGCCGAGAUUGAUAUACAGCGCUCGUUUGUCGCAAAUGGCGGUGAUUCGAUAUCAGCAAUGCGUCUGUCGCCUUACUGUCGUACUUUAGGCCUGACACUCUCAGUCUCUAGCCUGCUGAAGGGCAAGUCCCUAAGUAUUGUGGCAGACUCCGCCUCAAUGGAUGCCGCAACACCUGUCUUGACCCAUGUCGAGGUCCUUGACAAGGCUUUCAGUCUAUCACCAAUUCAGAGGUGGUUCUUUGAUCAAGCGCCACGGGAGGAACAUCUCAAUGAAAGACACUACUACAACCAAGGCUUCUAUGUCAAGAUGAGUCGCUUCGUGCCUCCUGAGAGAUUGUCUGUCGCUAUACGCAAGAUUGUUCAACACCAUUCCAUGCUUCGUGUGCGGUUCACGACGUCCAAGAGCGGCUGGACGCAAAGCGCUCCUAGGGUAGAAAACGCUGUCUAUAACUUCAGCUCUGCGGAUGCUCAGAGCUUAUCUGAGAUCAAGUCAAAUGCUAUCGAGCUCCACCGAAGCCUGAACUUUGAGCAGGGCCUAGUCUUUGCCACAGCACUCUAUCACCUGACCACUGAAAACGUUCAGUAUCUCAUCCUGGUUGCCCAUCAUUUGGUGGUUGAUCUGGUCUCAUGGCGGAUCAUACUGGACGACCUGGAAGCCUUGUUGUCAGACAAGGAGCUCAUGCACAGCACUCCAUUCCAGGUUUGGACGCAACUGCAAGCCGAAGAAGCACGGUCGCCAAGAUUUUCACCCGAGAAAGUCCUCUCGACUACUAACGUACAUGAUAAUCUGGAUUUCUGGAACUUCAACGAGCAGACUUCUAAUACUACUCACGACCACAUUGUGAAGACUUUCGAGGCGGAUCUUGCCACGACAUCAUUGCUACUCAAGGAUUCUAACACUGCAUUCAAUUCUGAACCUGUUGAUAUCAUCCUAGCUGCAGUAUGGGAUGCUUUUUUCCACUCAUUUCCUGAACGGACAGGACUCACCAUCUUCAACGAGGGUCACGGCCGUGAACCACUAACGGACACAGCUAUCGAUCUAUCUCGGACUGUUGGCUGGUUCACAACGCUCAGUCCUCUACACGUGGAUCGAAGCGUAGACGAUAGCGUUGUGCACACAGUGAGACUAGUCAAAGAUGCUCGAAGACAUCUGCCGACCAAUGGACUGGCAUACUGGGUCUCAAGGUUCUUGAACCCGGAUGGCAUCAAAGCCUUUGAGUCGCACAGCUCUCCCAUGGAGGUCCAAUUCAACUAUCACGGCCAGUUUCAACAGCUUGAGCGAACAGACUCACUCUUCACUGCCAUAAAUCUUGAUGACGCUGUGCCUGCAACAAGUCCGCACAUGCCAACCUCUGUCCUAUUUGACAUCAAUGUCAUCAUUGAGGCUGGAGUGGCCAAGUUUUGUUUUGCUUGGAAUCGACACAUCGACCACCAAGAUUCGAUUCUGGCCUGGAUCGCACAGAUCGUACCAUCAUUGCAAUCACUUUGCAACGAACUGCGCGGCAGACCGACAUCGCGCACUUUGUGUGAUUUCAAGUUUCUAAGCCUUAAUUACAGUGGACUCGACGAAUUGCAGAACAAAAUUCUACCGCACCUUGAGCUACUCAACGAUUCUCACAUCGAGGACGUUCUACCAUGCCUUCCGAUGGUCGAUGGCAUCCUACUAAGUCAAACAAAAGGCACAGGGUCAUACGAGACUUCUCAGACCUGGCAGAUCGUGCCACGCGAAUCACAUCGCAUCGAGAUCAGUAGGCUCGUCGAUGCCUGGCAAGCAUUGAUCGCACGUCAUUCGGCAUUGCGAACCGUUUUCAUUGAAAGCAUGGAUGCCACUCGUAGUGCCUUCAAUUCCGCUGUUCUAUGUUCGCACCGUGGCAACGUCCUCCUUGUCGAAAGUGAGAGCUAUAAAGGAGCGCUCGACACAGUGAAGCGUCUGCCGAGGGUCGACUAUACUCAACCUCGACCUCCACAUCGACUCACACUUUGCAGUAUCUCUGGUCAGCCAUACAUCCUGUGCCAGAUUGAGAUCAGUCACGCCAUAUGCGAUGGCGCCUCGACUGCUAUCACUAUGAAGGACUGGGUGCAAGCAUAUUCAGGAGAGCUCGAUGUCCGGGAACUUCAAGAUGUUACUCAGAAUUUCACAUUGGCUUUGGCAGCCCAUUCAAGGAUCGAGAGGACGGCGUACUGGAAGGAUAAGCUGUCGAAUAUGGAACCUUGCACAUUCCCUCAUCUUAGGGGCCAUACACCAGCUAUAAGUUCUCAGCCAAAUGGUGUCAUAUCUCUUGAGAUUGGAGCGGAGACCCUCAAGCUUGUUGAGCGAUUCUGCAAAUUGCAGGCCGUCACGCUCGCCAGUUUCUUUCAAAGCGCAUGGACUUUAGUGCUAUCAGCUUAUGUCGCAUCUAACAGAGUCUGUUUCGGAUAUCUGGCCUCUGGACGUCAACUGCCUGUCAAAGGCAUCGAUCAGUCCAUCGGUGCCUAUGCAAAUGUGAUGAUCUGUCGUGCUGAUCUUGGCCGACAGCAUGAUGAGAGGGGCUUCGUGCACUAUAUCUAUGAGCAAGUGUUGGAAGACAUGGCCUUUCAGCACUGCUCCGUCGCCGAGAUCCAGCACGAGCUUGGUCUGUCAUCACUAUUCAAUACCAUCAUGUCUUUCCAGAAGGAAGAAGAUUGCGUGGACGAGCAAGAUCCAGAGCAUCAGGAGCUGCAUUUCAUCGAAGUUGAUUGGCGUGAUCCAACCGAAUACGACAUCACUAUCAACAUUAAUCAGUCAAAGAUGGCUGUCCGCGUGACUGCAGAAUAUCGUCUAGCCUGCAUGGACUCCGAGCAAGCACGUCGAGUUAUCUCACUCUUGGAGUCGACUAUCAUCUCGCUGGUCACUGAAACUGUUGGACCUUCGACAGCCACACACAGGACACUACAGGAACUUACUGCAACACAAUCUGCGAGUGUGGACGAUCUGCGAGAUGUCUGGAAUUGGAACAAGAUAGUCCCGGAAACUGUCGACAAGUUGGUACAUCAUGCCAUUGCUGAUGUAGCCAGACGAAUCCCGAGCUCGCCUGCCAUAUGCGCAUGGGAUGGCGAUCUCACUUAUAGCGAGCUUGAAGCUGCUGCCAACAAGCUUGCUCAGCAUCUGGUCAGCCUUGGUGUGGGACCCAAGGUCAUUGUCCCCCUUUAUUUCGAGAAGUCGAAAUGGAUGCCAGUAUCAAUGUUUGCGGUCAUGAAGGCAGGCGCAGCGUCAUUAGCAAUAGACUGCACUCUUCCUAGAGAGCGUCUGCGCAGUAUCGUACAACAGGUGCACCCACUUGUGGUACUGGCAUCUGUUGCGCAGACUGAACUGGCCAAGCAGCUCACGGACAGGCCAAUGGUAGUCAUAAGCGAUGUGCAUCUGAACCAGCUAGCAGAGCUGGUAGUCGAGAUGCCAGAGGUGAAACCUUCGGAUCAGCUGUAUAUCGUGUUCACAUCUGGCAGUACUGGAGUGCCUAAAGGUGUCAUUACCACGCACUCUAACUUCAGCAGUGCUAUUCAGCACCAGCAGGCAUCUAUGGGGUUCAAGAGCACUUCGCGGGUGUACGACUUCGCCAAGUAUGUCUUUGAUGUCACAUGGUCGAACUUCUUACACACUAUGACCAGUGGCGGAUGCCUGUGCAUCCCAUCUGAAACAGAAGCGAUCGACAAUCUGGCCGACUCCUUCUUGAAGUACAGGGCAAAUUUUGUCGAUCUGACACCUUCCGUCAUAAGCACUAUACGACCGGCUGAUCUCCCUGCCUUAAACCACUUAUUGUUCAGCGGUGAGGCCCUACCUACCCAUAUCGGCGCUCAGUGGGCCGAACGAGCGAUUGUUCUCAAUACAUAUGGUCCUGCUGAGUGCAGUGUCAAAGCAACCUUCGCGAGAAUCGGCGAGACUGAAGCACAAGUUGCCAACAUCGGCCGCGGAUUCGGACUGUGCACUUGGAUCGUGCAGCCUAUCAACCACGACAAGCUUGUACCAAUAGGUGUUGUUGGAGAGCUUCUGCUAGAAGGACCGCUCAUCGGCGCCGGUUACCUUGGAGAUGCGUCGAGAACGCAGACAGCUUUCAUCGAAAAUCCUCUAUGGCUUGUCCGCGGAUUGCCGCACGACGCCUCGUCAGGCGCUCCAAGUCACCCUGGUCGUUGUGGUCGAUUGUAUAAGACUGGAGACCUCGUGAGAUAUGAGCCAGAUGGGACCAUGACCUUCGUUGGCCGCAAUAAUGCUCAAGUCAAGAUCAAUGGACAAAGAGUAGAGCUCGGCGACGUCGAGUAUCAUGUUCGAAACAACAUAGCCAUUGCUGAUGUGCAAGUCCAUGUGUUCGCUGAGAUACUCACACCGUCCCAAAGCGAUACAUCGAUCCUCAUGGUUUUCAUUCAUGUGGUCAAUGAGCGACACGCUGACGACAGUGCACUCGACGGCACUGGACAGAGCGCCAGGAUCCUCACAGGUCUGAAUGAGAGGCUAGCAGCGCACGUUCCGGCUCACAUGACUCCAUCUGCCUACCUGGUGCUGAAGGGGUUGCCUAUGACGACUACUGGGAAAGCUGAUCGUCGCCGGCUCCGCGAAAUUGGUCAGAAGCUGACAUUCGAGCAGAUUAUGGCGCUCAGUUCUGGCAGUGACGGAGGCCAACAACCCUGUACAGCUACAGAGCGGCAAUUGCGAAGCCUCUGGGCUCAAGUGCUUGGUAUCAAGACGUCAGGCACCAUCAAAGCAGAUCACAGCUUCUUCCAAAUUGGAGGAAAUUCAAUCAGAGCCAUGAAACUAGUGGGCCUGGCUCGUAAGGUAGGGCUUCAUUUAACGGUCACAAGUAUCUUCAAGCAGCCCGUACUCAAGGACAUGGCAAGAUCGACGGGUCAAGUCUCCGGUCUCGAUGAGGACGACAUCCCGCCAUUCUCAUUACUAAAUACCAGAAAGGAUCCUCGAAAGCUAUUGGAACAAGCUGCAGAACUGUGUCGAGUUGACAUUGCUCGAAUAGAAGACAUCUUUCCGUGCACUCCGCUGCAAGAAGGACUUCUAGCGCUCACAGCAAAAAGAGCUGGCGACUAUACUGCUCAGUAUAUUCUGCCUCUGCGACGCUCAGUCGAUCUUGCACGAUUUCAACGGGCAUGGGAGGAGGUGCUGAGAACGACACCAACUCUGCGCUCCCGGAUCGUGGAUCUUGCGGAUCAAGGACUUGUGCAGGUCAUUCUUGAUCACAAUGUUCAAUGGUCUCAUCACCUCAGUGUCAGCGAGUAUCAGGAAGUCGACAAAAAGGCAGAAAUUGGUUUGGGCAAGCCGCUUGUACGAUAUGCUAACAUCUCCGAGAACAAUCAGAGCCAAACACAUUGCUUCGCAUGGACAAUUCAUCACGCACUCUACGACGGAUCGUCAAUGAGGCUCAUCAUGGACAGGCUAAACCAGGCUUACCAGGAUACUUUUGCUCUGCAGCCUGCUCCUCCAUUCAACCGCUUCGUCAAACACAUUCUCAACAUCGAGGAGGGAGAUGCCAACAGCUUCUGGCAAGCACAAUUCGCUGGACUAGAAGCGCAGGUGUUUCCAACAUUACCUUCAGCAACGCAUCAGCCAAGGGCGGAGUCAUAUGUCAUUCAUCAUAUCGAAGACAUCACCUGGCCUCGAUCGAGCAUCACUGCUGCUACAGCAAUCCGCUCCUCGUGGUCGAUACUCACAGCCCGCCUCACGAACUCGAGUGACGUGAUCUUCGGUGUAACGAUGAGUGGUCGCCAGGCAGCAGUUCAUCAGAUCAAUGAGAUAACAGGUCCCACACUCACAACUCUGCCUGUACGAACGGUCUUCGACUGGGAGCAGUCUGUUGAAGCAUAUCUGGAUCAAGUCCAAAGAGAGAUGACAGAAAUGAUCCCGUACGAACAAACAGGUUUGCAGAACAUUUCACGAAUCAGCAACGAAUGCAGGCAGGCUUGCAACUUCCAAUCAUUACUACUGAUCCACCCUUUCGAGGAGACUAAGGAUCUAGCGAGCUUGCUAUUCAUUGCUCACAAUGACGACGAUGCAGAAGAGGUUGCCUCCGGAGACUUCACAACUUACGCCCUGACGCUAGAAUGUGAAUUGGAGGAGCACGGUCUGAAGCUCAAAUUCGAAUAUGAUGACGGAGUCAUCGGCAGCGGCCGUGUUUCGAACUUGGCAGACCAGUUCGAGCACAUUUUGCGCCAAUUGUGCGACUCAUCAAACAGCACGAAACGAAUCGCCGAGAUUGAGGCGGUCAGCAAGACGGAGCUCGAUAUCAUCUGGACCUGGAACGCAAAGGUACCGACACCGACGACGAUCGAGGCUCGAGUCCACGAUCUCAUAGCUGAUGCAUGUCUGAAACAACCUCAUGCUACAGCGAUCCACGCUUGGGACGGUAUCUGGACGUAUGCGGAAGUGCACGAUAUGUCGACUCGCCUGGCGCAUCAUCUGGUACAUCUCGGAGUCGGCUGCGAGACAGUCGUUCCUCUUUGCUUCGAGAAGUCGAAGUGGGCGCCUAUUGCGAUGCUGGCUGUGAUGAAAGCAGGUGGCACUUGUGUGACACUGGAUCCCACCCUACCUCAAGAUCGUCUGUUCAAAAUCGUCCAGCAAAUCAAGCCAUCGAUCAUUCUGUCUUCAUCGACCAACAGGAACCUUUCUGGUCGAUUAUGCGAGUGGAAGCCUGUCAUCGUUGUCAACGACAAACUCCAAGCGCUGUUUGAUAAGCAGACAUUGAAACUUCUGCCAGAAGUGCAACCGUCUCAGACGCUUUAUAUUGUCUUCACUUCCGGGAGCACCGGCAUCCCAAAAGGAGUAAGAAUCAGUCAUUUAAACUUCAGCACUGCCCUACGAUACCAAAAUGGCGCGCACAACUUCGGACCCGGCGCGCGCAUCUAUGAUUUCGCAUCAUAUGCAUUCGAUGUGUCCUGGUCGAAUGUACUUGGCGCCUUGGAGUGUGGUGCUUGUUUAUGUAUCCCCGCGGAUGCAGAGCGGCGUGAUGACCUAGCCGGAUCUCUUCGUCGCUUCCGCGUGACGCACGUUGAAUUAACCCCUUCUACGGCCUCGGUUCUGCCACACGAAACUAUACAAUCUCUCGACACCCUCAUCCUUGGUGGUGAACGCUUGUCUGAAGAGCACGCCAAGGAGUGGGCUUCGCUAGUCAAGCUCAAGAACUCGUAUGGCCCUUGCGAAUGCACACCAACUGCGACUGUGGCAGACAUCUGUCCAGGCGGCAACAUGACGACAAUCGGGACAGGUCUCGGCGUCAACACAUGGAUUGUGGAUGCGGCAUCAGGUCAAUCGCUUGUACCGAUAGGCAGCAUCGGCGAAUUGGUUCUCGAAGGGCCUUUGGUAGGACCUGGGUAUCUUGAACCCUCGACCAGCACCUUCUCUGCAUUUAUUGAGGACCCCGUCUGGCUGCUUCAUGGUGCUUCAGGUCGCACUGGCCGAAAAGGUCGUCUAUACAGAACGGGCGAUCUAGUUGUUUAUAAUGAGGAUGGAUCGCUUACGUUCAUUGGUCGAAAGGAUGCGCAGGUGAAGAUUCACGGCCAACGUGUUGAGCUUGGCGACAUUGAGAACCAUAUUGCACAAUUCCGUCAAGUACGACAAUCGGCAUGCAUAUUACCCAAGACUGGUCUUUGCGCUAAUACAUUGGUCGGUCUGAUCAGUAUGAAACAUACCAGCGAGACCGAUACUCUCCUCGCAAAGAAUGGUUUCAAACUCAGUGCAAGUGCCUCAGCUUCAUUAGCUCUAACUACUGGUGUCACGGUUGCAGACCCAGACUCAUCAACGAUAAAACCACAUGCUGAGAUAGGUCUCGAGCAGUUCACGACCACUGUCAGGGACUAUGUCGAAGCGCUAAAGAGCUAUCUUAAUAAUGUCUUGCCUUCUUACAUGAUCCCAACCAUCUGGGUUGUGCUCAAGGACAUUCCGCUCGAUCCAUCUGGGAAGACCAGUCGCAGGCAGCUGGAUGACUGGCUCUCCAGAAUGGACCAGCAGAUAUACAACCUUGUCGCCGAUACUGAUCGCAUUUCUGUUCUGCGGCAGCCAGUUACCGAAGCAGAGAGACUCCUUCAAUACGCAUGCUCUGUCGUCCUCAAUGUGUCUGCCUCCGACGUCAACCUUGCACGAUCGUUCGUGGCUAAUGGAGGUGAUUCCAUCUCAGCAAUGCGGCUGAGUGCGCACUGCCCUGCGGACAUUAUUGUCACCGUCGCAAACUUGCUAAAAAGCAAAUCAUUGGUCGAGGUCGCACUGAAGUCUUCUGUGGCUGCGAGCUCGACAACCACAGUAAGCGAGGAUUUCAACACACCAUUUGCUCUGUCGCCAAUGCAGCAAUGGUUCUUCAACCAGCUUGGUCAACACCCAGUCGAUGAGCCCGGUUACUAUUGCAAUCAAUCAUUUUACCUUCGCAUGAACAAAGCAGUCUCUGUCGAGAGCAUGCGUGCUGCUAUUGCGAAGAUUGUGGAAACGCAUUCCAUGCUCCGUGCACGAUUCUAUCAGGAACCUGAUACCAAAUGGAUGCAGAUCAUUCCACAGCCCAGUGCCUCAAACCAUCACUUCGAAACGUCGAUGUUGGAGUCAUAUGCUGAUCUUGCGCCUUUGGCAGCUUUGCGACAACAGCAGCUUCUUGUGAAGCGUGGCCUCGUGUUCUCUGCUGAUCUUUGCAAAGUGGGCACUCAGGAGGAGCUCUACUUACUGCUCAUUGCACACCAUCUUGUUAUUGAUCUUGUUUCCUGGAGGAUCAUUCUUGCAGACCUGGAAGCAAUACUGGCAGGAGCAACAAUCUCAUUGCAGAGCUUGCCAUUUCAGAUUUGGAAUCGAUUGCAGAUCGAAGAAAUGAGGGAGUCUACCUUUGCAUCGGGAUCUACAUUAUCGACUUCAGACAUAGUGAAUGAUCUGUCUCACUGGGACUUCGUAGCCGGCAAGACACCAAAUAAAGUUCAGGACUAUGUGAACAGAACUGUCGUUAUUGAUCGGGACAAUACAAGACAACUCUUGCGGGAAGCGAACAACGCCUUCAAUACAGAGCCAGUCGAUCUUUUCCUUGCCGCAAUCUCACAUGCUUUCUUUCAAAUCUUUCCGAGGUAUAGCUUCACUAUUGUCAAUGAGAGUCAUGGUCGUGACACUUUAAAAGAAGACACUAACCUCUCUCGGACCGUCGGCUGGUUCACCACAAUGUACCCGCUUAGCAUUGCAAGAAACACCAACAGCAGUUUAUCAGACAUUGUGCGACGGGUCAAAGAUGCCAGAAAGGGACUACUUGCCAGUGGGAGGGCAUCAUUUGCGUCAAAAUAUCUCCGCGACAACCGAGCUCGGGCGUUUAGCGCAAAUGAAACCACGGCAGAGAUGGUCUUCAAUUAUCACGGCCAAUUUCAGCAGCUUGAGCGUAAGACUGCACUCUUCAAAAGCAUUACACUGGAGGUCUCUGACGAAGGACCUGACCUGCCCGUGUCCGCAUUGUUUGAGGUCAACAUAUCUAUUGAGCAAGGCAAGACCAACAUCUCGUUUUCAUGGAAUCGUCACUUGGCUCACCAGCAACUCAUCCAAGAAUGGCCAAAUCAGAUUGUGCGCUCUAUUCGAUCCAUUUGCGAAGAUCUGCCUACCUUGGAUGUCAGGCAGCGAACAUUGGUCGAUUAUGAAUUUCUGGAUCUAGACUACCCAGGCUUGGAUCAUCUCGAAACUCAGAUCAUCCCCAAGAUCAUCACUUUGAACUCUAGUGAGAUCGAAGAUAUCUAUCCCUGCCCGCCUAUGGUAGAUGGCAUUCUCCUUAGCCAGCUGAAAGGGUCCGGAAGUUAUGAAACCACACAGCGUUAUCAUAUCAGGCCUCGAAGCCCCCAUGUGAUCGAUAUUGAGCGAUUGUCUGUAGCUUGGCUAGCUGUAGUAGACCGGCAUCCAUCUCUUCGCAGUGUCUUCAUUGAAAGCGCAAACAACACCACAGCUUUCAAUCAAGUGUUGCUCAACAGCUGUCGCCCAGAGAUCAAACUGCAUUACAGUGAGAGCUUGAGAGCCGCUUACAGAUUUCUGCAGACUCUUCCAAGGCCCCAUUAUCAGCAGCUCAAGCCUCCCCACCGUUUGGUUCUUUGCCCGAUAUCAGAUACAGACACUGUCUUGAUUCAGAUCGAUAUGAGCCAUGCUAUUACUGAUGGCGAAUCCACAACGAUCCUUCUCCGAGAUUGGCAAAUGGGUUAUGCAGGACUUCUAACUCGAGCAGACCUGCUGGAAACGACCCGAGGUUUCGCUAGAGCACUGCAACCCGAUAUAAACAAGAAAAGGCUGUAUUGGACGCAAAAGCUGACGAGGGUACAACCAUGUUACUUCCCUGCACUGUAUGAACUGUCACAACCCGUGAGAAGCAUGUCCUGUUCCACUCUUCACAUCGAUGGCACCGAUCUUGCGUGCAUCCGGCGAUCCUGCGAGACGAAUUCUAUCACGAUCGCCAAUCUGUUUCUUGCAGCUUGGGCAUUGACAUUGUCGGCAUAUACAGACGACACUUCUGUCUGCUUCGGAUAUCUUGCUUCAGGAAGAGACCUACCAAUUCCAAAUAUCAUGGAGGCCAUUGGAGCAUUCGCAAACAUGCUGACGUGCCGCGCAGACAUAUCUCGUGAUUGGAGCAACGGUCGAUUUGUCCAGUAUCUCCACAAUCAGGUGUUGGAAGACAUGGAGCAUCAGCACUGCCAUCUGGCUAGCAUUCAACAUGAACUGAAGAUUGCUCCAGGGCAGCAGCUGUACAACACAAUCGUUUCCAUACAACAAGACAAUGAUGGCUCUUUGGACCAGCCUGCCGAUGAAGAGCUUGAGUUCGUUGAUGCGGAUGGAGAAGAUCCAACAGAGUAUGAUGUGGCGAUCAGUAUCACUCUCGGCAUCAAGCAGAUAGAUUUGGCUAUCAAUUGCGCACCAUCACACUGCAACGAUGAUCAGUCACGCCGCAUCAUGUCGCUACUAAGGAAUACAGUCAUCAGUCUUGCCAAGUCAUGUCAAACUUUAGAUAAGGACACGCUAGGCGACAGCAUCAUGACAAUCAGCGACGAAGACUUGCGUGACAUCUGGCAAUGGAACUCGAAUAGCUCCGGAGACGAAGAUGCAAGCAGCCGACACUUCGAUACACCCAUGUCUGCGAGUCAAGACCGAUCAGUCACAACCAAGGUUAUUAACGCCGGGUCAGGACAACUUGCGUCAGAGUUCGCUCAUUCUAUUACCGGCACUGCUGCCAAGACCUGGAUCACUGGCAUGGAAGACAGCAGUAGACUGGUGCCAAUAGGGUGCACUGGUGAGCUCGUGCUGGAGUGUUCCACAGCGGGAAUGGACCGCGUAUACAGCGCCAAAAACAUAACAACUUCCUUCGUGGACAAUCCACCAUGGCUCCUUAAUGGUGGUGGUCCAGGGUUUCACGGACGUUAUGGGCGCAUGUAUCAGACUGGCGUUCUCGCACAGUACAAUUCAGACGGCAGCUUGGUCCUUGUCAGUCGCAAGGCAGGCCAGAAGAAGCUACAAGGCCAGCCAGUAGAUCUUGACAAGCUCGAAAGCCGCAUGCGCGAAGUGCCUCUAGUUCGUCAAGCUGUCUGUCUGAUCCCAACCGCUGGACCUUAUUUUGGCAAACUUGUCGGCUUUUUUAGUCUUCAAAUAUCACCUAAGCGCGAUCAUCGCAGCAGCAAGCACAAACCACGACUCGUCUCCGAUGACCAAGCAGCUCAAGUCCGUGACAGUAUUCAAGCCCUGGAGGCGUCGAUGGACAACUCUUUCCCGGCGUAUAUGGUGCCAUCUGUCUGGAUAGCCCUGGAAGAAAUUCAUGUCAAUACUGACAAUCGCUUGUCUCGCAAAGUGCUGGAGGACUGGAUAGGUCAUGUUGAUGACGAAACAUGCGCUGGUAUUGCUAGUGCCGGAUCAGUAUGUCGCAGACCCAUCACAGCAGCAGAGAAAGUGAUCUGCCACGCCUGCAGCCUGUUCCUUGACAGCCCUGAGAGCAACAUCAAUAUCAACCGUUCCUUCAUUGCAAAUGGCGGCGAUUCCAUGUCGGCCAUGCGAGUCAGUCCCCACUGCCGUGCUGCAGGCUUCGCCAUCUCGGUGGCAUCGCUGCUCAAGAUCGAGACACUGAUUGGUGUUGCCGCAUCUGCGACUGUUGCCGAGCAUUUCAAAGUGCAGAUCGAAGAGUUCGAGAAGCCAUUUUGCCUCUCGCCUGUGCAGCAAUGGUUCUUUAAUCAGUCACCACCUGACAAGGUAAGUACCAGAAGCCACUAUUAUAACCAGGCUUCCUAUCUUCAGCUCAAACGCCGAGUGUCGUCUCAACAAGUCGCAACCGCUGUCCAGCAGCUUGUGCAUUUGCAUUCCAUGUUGAGAGCACGAUUCCAGCUUGAUAAGGUCACAGAAUCCUGGUUGCAGCUCAUCUGCAAGCCUGAAGAUGGCAUCUACCACUUUACUUCUCUGCAGGUCGACACUGUUGCAGACGUCGAGAACAACCUUGCUGAGCGACACCAAGAGCUGAACAUUGCACAAGGCAAAGUCUUCGCCGUGGAUCUGUUCACUUUGAGAUCUGGAGACCAGUUCUUGACACUUAUCGCGCACCAUCUGGUGGUCGACCUGAUAUCUUGGCACAUUAUCCUCGGUGAUCUAGAGGUGCUGCUCAAUGGUGGAACCUUGCAAGAGGCGGUACCAUUCCAGGUGUGGAGCAAUCUGCAGAUCAUGAACGCUGAAGCGUCCAAGCACAAGCCGGUGCAGCUACUUUCUACAGACAAUCACAACAAUCUCAACUGUUGGGGCUAUGACUUAUCCAUAUCGAACACAUUUGCUGAUCAUGUGGAGGAGAUGCUUACCAUCGACCACAAGACGACCGCGCUUCUCCUUGGAAAGGCUAAUGAGGCUUACAAUACUGAGCCAGUCGAUCUUACCCUCGCUUCAUUAUGGAUUGCAUUUCUUGAGGUUUUCAAAGAUCGCGACGGGCUUACGAUCUUCAUUGAGGGCCACGGACGGGAAUUUUGGAGUUCAGAUAUCGACAUCUCUCGAACAGUAGGAUGGUUCACGACCAUGACACCGCUCCACAUUUCGCGCUGCCGCAACAACGAUAUUGUGAGAGCCAUCAAGGACUCCAGAAGAAUGCUUCGCUCAAACGGCAGAGAGUAUUUCGCUUCGCGUUACCACAAUCAAGACGGAAAGAGAGCUUUUCAAUCCCACGAAGGUACCAUGGAAGUGCUCUUCAACUAUCACGGUCACUCCCAGCUGCAAGGUGACGAUUCGAUGUUCAAGAAGAUUGCAUUCAAUAAUGUUUCUGAUGUCGGCCUUGCUUUGCCCACCUCAGCACUCUUCAGCAUCAACAUGUCAGUCGAAAAAGGUCUCACUGACCUGUCCUUCUCGUGGAAUCGAUGGAUCAACCACCAGGAUAUGAUUCGACAAUGGCUCCAGGAAAUCCCUCGUUCGGCAUGGCUUUUGUGUAGCUCAUUGCUGGCCUCGCAACGCUCACUGACGAUUGCGGACUAUGAGUUUCUGCAUCUCGACUACAAAGCUCUCGACCAGCUUCAAGAUCAGAUCCUUCCUAUCAUACGAUCCAACACUGGAGCGGCAGUUGUUGAUGUCUUUCCCUGUUGGCCCAUGGUGGACGGAAUGCUGCUCAGUCAGGGAAAGGAUUCUUCGGCUUACAAAACGUCACUUACAUAUGAGGUGACACAGAGGAAUCAGCUUCUGGACAUCGACCUUCUCAAGGAAGCAUGGCAAGCCGUCAUCGCACGUCAUCCGGCUCUUCGCAGUGUGUUCGUCGAGGGCAUCGACAAGAGGACGGCCUUCGUUCAGAUAGUGCUGGGAUACUUCGAGGGAGAAGUCAUUGUCACCACAGCUCCAACCAGAGACGCAGCCUUGAUCUCGAUCGAUCGACUACCCGACAUCGAUUAUCAAAGACGGCUAGUACCACCACAUCGCCUUGUACUUUACAAGGUUGAGCAAGACAGUACCAUCAUCUGUCACAUCGAGAUGAGCCACGCCAUUACUGAUGGUAUAUCAACUGCGAUCUUGCUGGACGACUGGUCGAAGGCUUAUGAUCAACAACUUGACUGCAGGGAUCUCAUCGAGACAACCCGUAGCUUCGCUCGUCAACUCAAUGCUAGCUCCGAGGUCGACAAGCUCAGCUACUGGAAACAUAAGCUCACCAAUUUAGACCCAUGCGUCUUCCCCAGGAUCUCUCAAGAUCCGACACCUGGCGAUCGAGCAAUAUCAGCUGUGCUCAGAAUUGAUGGAGAGAAGUUCAGACAAGUGCUAGACUUCUGCGAAUCUCAGUCAGUGACUCCAGCAAGCUUAUUCAGCAGUGUCUGGGCGUUGACUCUGGCGGCUUAUACCAGCAACGAUCAGGUAUGCUUCGGGUACACUGCCUCUGGUCGCGACUCGCACAUCCCGGAUAUCGACCGUUCUGUUGGCGCCUAUGCCAACCUCCUGAUCUGCCAGGCUGACACUUCUUCCCACGCCUUGACCAACAGUCAACGCUUUGUCCGAUACCUACAUGCCCAAGUCAUGAGAGAUCUUGAAUAUCAACAUUGUUCGCUGGCAGAUAUAGAGCAUGAGCUCGGCCUGUCUCACGGUCAAGCACUCUUCAACACUAUAGUGUCUUUCCAGAAUGAUGAUGUCGUAACCAGAGCAGAUGUCGAUACUCAAGACCUAUUGUUUCACGAUAUCGCUUACAAAGACCCAACUGAAUACGAUAUAUCCCUCGGCAUCGCAUAUGGGAAGACUCAGGUUGAGCUGUCCCUCGACUCCCAUUCAUCAUGUCUGUCCACAACUCAGGCCGAGCGUACCCUGUCACUAGUAGAAUCCGUUCUCAUGUCACUUGUAGAUAUCAACACUGAAGCAGACACUGUUCUUUUGUCAACCAUUGACACGAUCAGCGCACAGGACCUCGAGGAGAUCUGGACUUGGAAUCAUGCUGCGCCUGAUCCGGUAAAUGCUCUGGUGCACGACUUGAUCUCCAAGACCGUGCACAUGCUGCCUAGCAGCCCUGCUGUCUGCGCCUGGGACGGCGAUUGGACAUAUCAAGAAUUGGGGAGUCUUUCUUCCCAGCUAGCACAUCGGCUGAUCAGCAUGGGCGUCGGGCCUGAGAAGAUCGUCGGUCUUUGCUUUGAGAAGUGUCGCUGGACCCCAAUAGCAGUCCUCGCGGUAAUGAAGGCUGGAGGCGUCAGCUUGAUCCUGGACCUUGAACUUACAGAGGACCGUCCGCGAGUCAUUCUGGAGCAAGCCAAACCGACAGUCAUGCUGUCUUCGACAGCUGGUAAGGACACAGCCAUCGCCCUGGCUAAUGAUGCGGACUGCCCAAUGCUAGUGGUGGAUAAACUCAAUCUGGUCCAUUCAGGAAUACCGAUCCUGGCUGGUUUCCCCGCUGCCCUUUCUGAUGUGAAGCCCAGCAAUACUCUCUACAUCGUCUUCACCUCAGGCAGUACUGGUGUACCCAAAGGGGUGUCCAUCACACACUCUAACUUCAGCAGCUCUAUCCACUAUCUCCGCAGAGAGCACACCAUCGAAUCUGGAUCCCGAGUCUACGAUUUCGCGGCAUACUCAUUCGACAUGUCCUGGUCCACAAUGCUCUGGACACUCGAAUGUGGUGCUUGCCUUUGCAUUCCGUCACCGGCUGACCGUCGUGACAACCUAGCAGAGUCUAUCGAUCAAUUCGGCAUCACUCAAUUGUUAUUGACUCCGACAGUCGCUCAGCUGCUUCCGCUUGCAACGUUGCGAGGCAUAGAAUGCUUGGUCCUGGGAGGUGAAGCCUUGACGCCUGAGUUGAGCAAAGUCUUUGCGAGUACAGUCAAGACUAUGAACCACUACGGACCUUGCGAGUGUACGCCUGUAACGGUAACAACAAACAUCAGCUCAGAGGACUCUCAGGUUUCCAUUGGUCGCGGUGUGGGUGUCGUCACUUGGGUGGUUGACACUACAAGAAACUCUCUUGUCCCUCUUGGAUGCGUUGGCGAACUUCUCCUCGAAGGCCCGCUAGUUGGCCCCGGUUAUCUCAACCUAGAGUUGACAGCAGCAUCAUUCGUCCAUGAUCCUCCAUGGAUGCUCCGUGGCUUCAAUUCCUACGCGGGGCGACGAGGACGCUUGUACAAAACAGGUGAUCUUGUGCGCUAUAAUCACGACGGCACUCUAUCAUGCCUGGGACGGAAAGAUAAUCAAAUCAAGAUCAAUGGGCAGCGUAUAGAGCUGGGUUCGAUCGAAUACUGUAUUCGCUCCUGCAUAGAGCACGAGGCUGUUGUCCAUGUGGUCGUCGAGCUUGUCAAACCUCGAGACAGCACGAAGAAAGUGCUCGUGGCUUUCUUAAGCACAGAAGGAGGCUCUUCUGCAGCACUGCGACAAGUCACUGCUGGUUUGUUCGCCAAGCUUGCUUAUCAGCUGCCGGCAUUCAUGGUUCCCUCCGCAUUCAUAUGGACAGAGAGCUUCCCCGUGAUGGUGUCCGGUAAGAUCGACAGAGGGAAACUACGAGGCAUGUACGAGCAUCUUUCAAGACAAGAGAUAAACGCCCAAGGUGUUGCACGAGCAACAGAGAAUGCAGGCCCAAUGACAGACAUGGAGAGGGAGCUCGCAGCUCUCUGGUCAACUGUACUCGAGGUCCCCUCCGACACCAUCAGGACUGACGACAGUUUCAUUCGUCUUGGCGGAGACUCUGUCGGCGCCAUGAAGCUUUCUGCCAUGGCUCGAGAUGACAGCUUCAAACUGCCAGUGACUGACAUUCUUCGCUAUCCGAACCUGGCCGACCAGUCCAAAAGAAUGAAGACCAUCCACAGCACGCAAGACACAGCCGUCCCGGCUUUCUCGCUGCUGCCUGCAAACGCCAGCUCAACAGCAGCUCGUGAGCAGAUAGCAGAGCUCUGUGGUAUUGCUACAAGCAUGAUCGAAGACGCCUUUCCAUGUACGCCUUUGCAGGAAGGUCUCCUAGCUCUUACCUUACAACGACCUGGGAGUUACGUGGCGCAAUGGGCUUAUGAGCUGCAACCUGACAUUGACCUUGACCGCUUUCGACGGGCCUGGGACGAUACCAUUGCGGCAACACCCAUACUACGCACUCGAAUAGUCGAUCUUCCCGGAUCAGGCAUGAUACAGGUUAUCAUCGCAGCCCAGUCUGCUGUCUGGACUCAAACUUCGCAGAAAAUCGGCAAAAUCGAGGAGGCCGAGAUACUGGCAAUAGGUCUUGGCACCUCUCUCAUGAGCUCGGAGAUACGAACGAGUCUCGAGGGCUAUUCUGUCUUUGUUUGGACCGUACACCACGCAUUGUACGACGGCUGGUCUAUUCCACAAUUGAUGCGGAUGCUAGAGACUGCUUAUGCAGGAGUCCCGAAGCUCGAGUCGCCACCACCUUUCCAGAACUUUGUGAAAUUCAUACAGGACACUAACAAGGACGCUGUGAGCAAGUUCUGGACUUCACAAUUCGAGCAACUUGAAGCUCAGAUAUUUCCUUCGAUGUCUUCAUCAACUCAACCAAGCCCUGAUUUUGGUGUUGCGUACCAGAUUCGAGAUUUGUCCUGGCCGAGAACGGACACGACCGCAGCGACUACGGUUCGAGCUGCUCUUGCAAUAUUGAUUGCGACAUACACUGACUCCUCUGAGGCCAUCUUCGGAGUCACGGUCAACGGCAGACAUGUUCCGGUCCAUGGCAUCGAGAACAUGAUAGCUCCCACGAUUGCCACCGUACCUCUCCGUGUGAAGACCUCAAGAGAAAGCAGCAUAUCCCAGCUACUCCAUCAACUGCAAGCUCAGAUGCUUGACAUGACUCCUUUCGAGCACACUGGUCUGCAAGAGAUCCGAAAGAUAAGCCCAGCCGCUCGACUUGCUUGUGACUUCCAAACGCUUCUGCUCGUCCAUUCGGCUCAAGCUGUGAACGAACAGCCGCAUACUCUCUUCAUCGAUGCAGAGGACGAGAUCGAUAGUGACACAGGCAGAGUCGACGAACUAGUGACCGACUUCGACGCCUAUGCCAUCACGAUCGAGUGUGACCUUGAGGCUACUGGCGCACUGCUUCGAAUGAAGUUUGAUUCGCAAGUCAUCUCAAGAGAUCAGGUGGGGACAUUUGCAGCGCAAUUUGAAUCGAUCCUACGACAGCUAUGUAGCUCUCAGGUUUCAGAGCUCACGAUAGCUGAUCUUCGGACUGCCGGACACAGAGAUCUGGAUCAAAUCUGGAAAUGGAACGCCAGCAUCCCGGCCACCAUUGAUCUCACUGUACAUGGCAUAAUCGCACAGAAUGUGGCACAAUACCCACACUCUCCAGCGAUCUGCGCGUGGGAUGGGCACUGGACAUAUCAAGAACUCGACAGCAUUGCCACGCAGAUCGCCCUUGGACUUGUCAGUGAUGGCUUCGGCCCAAAUUCUGCUGUAAUCCCUAUAUGCUUCGAGAAGAGUCGCUGGACUCCUGUGGCUAUGCUCGCAGUCAUGAAAGCUGGCUGUGCCUCAGUCAUCUUAGACACCACAUUACCUCUCAGCCGACUUGAAGCUAUUGUGCGGGAGGUCGAUCCGCCAGUGAUCUUGUCAUCCCUCGCCAAUCUAGAGCUUGCAAAAGGCUUAAUAGAUCAACAAGUCAUUGUGCUCUGCGAAGAGACGCUGAAAUCGUUCGACGCGCCAAGCACUCAGGUACUGCCAACUGUCGAUGCAUCAGCCAAUCUAUAUCUUGUGUUCACCUCAGGCAGCACCGGUACCCCAAAGGCAGCAGUGAUCACUCACUCCAACUUCAGCAGCGCAAUCUACCACCAACAGGCUGCCACUGGCUUCAGCAGAUCAAGUCGUGUCUGCGACCUUGCCAAGUACGCGUUCGACAUCUCAUGGUCCAACUUCGUUCACACGCUCGCUGCAGGAGGAUGUAUCUGUAUACCCUCGCAGCAGGAGAUCAGCAAUGACCCCGCAGGCGCUCUACUGGCCUAUGAAGCGAACUUCAUGGAUAUAACACCAUCUGUUGCUGGUGUACUGCAGCCUUUUGACCUUGGUGGCAUACAGACCGUCGUCUUCGCUGGUGAGCCUCUCCCAGGCCACAUCGCUUCGCAAUGGGCAACAUACGCCCGCGUACUCAACAUGUAUGGCCCUGCGGAAUGUACAGUCAAAGCGACAAUGGCAGUAGUCGAGCGCCACUCUGCAGCAUCUUCAGCCAGUUGUAUUGGUCGAGGCCUUGGCCUCUGUACUUGGGUGGUCGAUAGUCAAGAUCAUCAGAGGCUGAUCACAAUUGGAGCUGUCGGCGAGCUACUACUGGAAGGCCCACUCGUUGGAGCUGGCUAUUUCAGGGACACCGAAAGGACCAAAGCAUCAUUCAUUGACUCGCCAGAAUGGCUCAUCUGCGGCAAUGGCACCAACCACAAAGGACGUCAAGGACGCCUAUACAAGACCGGUGACCUUGUCUCCUACAGCUCUGAUGGAUCACUCAACUUCAUCGGCAGGAAGGAUGCCCAGACUAAGAUCAAUGGCCAACGCUUAGAGCUCGGCGACGUGGAACACAACCUGAUAGCCUGCAUCGACGCUGGCCCUUCAGGAAAGGUUGCGGCAGAGGUAUUGACGCCAAGAGACAGUGACAAGCUGAUGCUUGUUGCUUUCGUACAGAGCAGCCAGCAUGUUGAUGUCAGAGCGAAGAUGAUAGGUUUACAAGACCGGCUUGCUGCCAGACUUCCUGCUUAUAUGAUCCCUUCAGCUUAUAUCAAGAUCGAAGAACUACCACUCUCCUCCUCUGGCAAGAUGGAUCGCAAGCAGCUGCGCGCAAUCGGAGCAAGUAUGACUCGGCACGAGCUCACAACAUCCUUCUCCACCCAGGCAGAGCGCCGGGCACCGUCGACUGACCACGAACUCUGCUUACAAAAGCUAUGGAGUGAAGUUCUCAAUGUCGGAAUCGAAUCAAUCUCCGCCGAUGACAGCUUCUUGCAGCACGGCGGUGAUUCCAUUCAAGCUAUGAAGCUCACUAUGAGAGCUCGACACGAAGGAUUCGAUCUAUCCGUCGCCGACAUACUUGGGAAUGUCAAAUUGUCGCAGAUGGCAUUGCAAAUGCAAAGAAGAGCCGAGCAGUCGAGAGUAGUCGAGCUUGACUAUCAACCCUUCUCUCUAUUGCCGCCGGCAAGUCAGCAACCAAUAGAACAACAGCUGAUCGAGUACGGUCUGUCACUAGACAAUGUGCUUGACAUUCUCCCUGUCACCGAUCAGCAAACUCGAUAUCUUCUGGGCACAUACACGACUGCUCGCAGUUCAGUGUUCUAUCACACCAUGGAUCUCGAUGACGAAUUCGACCUUCCUAGGAUACAGCAUGCUUUAGUCUCUCUUCUCGAGCAAUUCGAUAUGCUAAGGACGGUCGUCAUCCCGUACAAGAACAUGUUCCUGCAAAUCGUCCUCAGACAUGUUAACAGCGACAGCACAGUUUUCGAGACUGCAACGGAUAGUCUCGAUGAGUACACUUUGCAUCUGAAGAAUCGGGACUUGCUGUCCGAUUUGCAUUUCGGGGAUGUUGUCACAAAGAUCUUCAUUGUUCGCCAGACCAGAGACCAGAGACAUCGAAUCGUGAUUCGACUGUCACAUGUUCAGUAUGAUGGGAUAGCGCUCGAAAAGAUGUGGACAGCAUUCGAAGACAGCUACAAUUCAUCAGUGUGUGCCAACAAUGCAAUACCUUCAUUUGCGCACCACCUAUACAGUCUAUCACUCCUCGACAGAGAGAAGAUGUCAGAGUACUGGAGCAAGCUGCUCAAGGGCAGCAGUCGAACAGAGCUCAAGUAUCAAACUACCUUUCAACUCGGAUAUGCUAACGGCCCGGAAGUGGUCAAGACACUGCCGACCGCCAUGAUCAACUCGGAGGACUUCACUUUCGCCAACGUGCUCAAAGCAGCCUGGGCAUACGUCCUCGCCAGGCACUCGGCGACCAAUGAUGUUGUCUUCGGCAGUCUCGUCCAUGGUCGCAGCCAAGCGGGCAGCCAAGACGUCUUUGGUGCAUGCGUCAAUAUCAUACCGUACCGCAUCAUCCUUGAGCAGAAUUGGACAGCAAGAGAUCUCCUCACAGCUGUAGCUGCUCAACAGCUAGCCAGCACGCCCUUCGAGAGCAUGGGCAGUCAGACCAUCAUUCGCAAUUGCACUAACUGGGCCAAGUGGUCGUUCUUCAGCUCCGUGAUCAUCCAUCAGAACUUCGAACAGCGUAGUCCGCGAGGAAGGGCUGUGGACUUCGAUAGUGUCGACUUGUCUACCGGUGAUGUUGACGAUGUUCAGGUAUAUGUCAUCUCUACGCCGGGCGAAGAUGGUAUGGAGAUCCUUCUCAGUUUCAAGGAUCAGGUCGUUCCGCAGGCACUAGCGGAGAGAAUGGGGUCAGAUCUGAGCGAGACCAUUACUGGGUUAUACACAAAGAUGGGUGCCAAGCUCAUGGCACCCAUGGCGCCGAGGGAGAUCUAUGGUAUGUCGGCCUUGCUGCCGCUGCCAGAAGAGAAGGGCAGCAGUGUGUCGCCUACCAGUGAGCAAUUGACAACUCUGGCAAAUUGCUCGGCAGAUUUGAGAGCUGCUCUCGGCGCGGCGUGGUGCGAUGUCUUGUCUACGCAAGAAAUACCCUGCGACAACUCCACAGAGUCUCUGUUCGAGCUCGGAGGUGAUGCGAGCAGUGCUGGUCAGCUUGCCGCUCAUAUGCAGAGGCGCAGCUAUCGUAUCGGAAUUGAAGAAGUUGUUGAGCAUCCAUCUUGGUUUGAAUUGCUGCUUCACUUGAGCCAGCAGUAGAGAGGAUUAAAGACAAACGAAUAGAGAGGAUAUGGGCACAGGAACAAGGAAGAAAUCAUGAGGGUACAAGGAUGACAGCUUUGAAGCAGGCAAGCUCUAUGGGAGAUUUUGUGUAUCACGGCCAUGUUCAUUAGAGCAUUGUAUAAUACAUACCUACUGACCAGACCCUGGCCUAGUGGCAACAUGCCUACCUUAAACCCAAUGAAUCUCGCUGCUC